AACAUGUGACUAAAUCCAUUGGAUUCAAUAAAUUAACAUUAUGAGUCAUUAGACAAUAAUCAAGCUUUAAAAUUACGAAUGAAUGUUAUUUUAUUAACAAACUUUGGCUCAUUUAUAUUACGCAGCUCGUUCUUAUCUUAUCGUACAUCAACAAUUGUCGUCACUUUAUUCAGCCUUUUGUUUGCUUAUCUUCUCGACGGGUUUAGAAAAAUUCAUUAUCCAGAAUAUUAUCCAACAAGGCAAUAGGAUUAAGCAUGUGAGAUCAAACAACCAAUUGCCUCAAACUUACCAGCGAGUCCACAACAGCAUAAGUGAUUCCAUCAACUGUAGCUGAGAUCGAUUUAUCCAUAAUAUAAUUAAAGUUCAUCUCAGAAAAUGCGAUGUAGCUUAACAUGCAAAUGACUCCAUAAAUUACAGUAAUUGGAUGAAUAAGUAAGUGUAGUAAGCUUCUAAUGAGAAAUUUAAACAGAUUUCUCUUUGUGCCUUCUUGAAUGUUGAUAAAUAUGGCAAAAGGUGUUAUGAGAACGCAUAAGAAGAAGCCAAGUGAGAAAUUCAGCAUGCUGACAGACAAAAACGCAGUUCCUAAUUCAAUUAGUACGGCAAUGUUUAAGAAUUGAGCAUCAAAUGCAUUAAGUUUAAGGAAUUUAGGAAGCAAUAUGCUAAAUGCUAAUAUUAUUGAGACUAGAUAAAAAAUGCCAGUCUGUGUUGGAAUGUUCAUUGAAAAUAAGUAGUCAUGAAUUAUUUUGUUCGUUGUAAUAACAAGUGCAGCAACACCGACCAGAUGUGAGCAUAAUAUGACUGUACCAAUCCUUAAUACCUCAAUUCUCAUGCUCGACUUCCUAAUUAUCACAAUUUUAUCAUCAUCACUCUUUUUUUCAUUCGCUUCUUCCUCGUCAGGCUUGUUAUUAGCCAUUAACCAUAUCAAAAGUGAUUUCACGAAUAAACUAGCUGCCAUUAAUCCACAACUAGGCAUAUAAUCGCCAAUUGAUAUGAAACGAUCAGAUGAAACAAUUACGUAAAAGAAGAAACUUUGAUGAAAUCUUUCCAAUAAGUUAUUUAAACUGCGACUAAUGCCUUCAAUGAUUUUCAGCAGUGCCAUAAUCUUUUGAUGAAUGUUUUGGUUUCUUCCACUCGAUUCUCUCUUAACACUUUCAAUUGUUAAUGCUUCAAUUCCAUAUUUAUGAAAUAAUCCAUGAUUACCAUUCGGAAUUCCACUACUUUGUGUCCACAUCAUUGACAGUAAGUUAAAGAAGUUUUCAACAGCAUCUUCACGAUGAUGACUGCCCAUUUUCAUUUUAUAUCCAAUUGGAAGGACGAAUUUGUGUGACAAUUUAACCACUAAAUUGUGAAGAUCAAGAUUAGGGAGUUGACCAUUAAGUCCUUCAAUCUUUAAAUUAUUAAAUUCAACAUCAAAGUCCUGGAUCUCAAAAUUUAUUGCUGCUAUGAUAUUUCCAGCCUUUCCAUAUAGAGUUCCUGAAUCUAAUAUAUUAUUCUCAUCGUCACCAUGAUAAGCUUCUAGAAAUGCUUGCAUUCCAAGCUGUUCCUGAUCUGUGACCAGAAAUAUAAUGUCUUUGGACCAAUACUUUUGUCUUCUAGCAAAAUCAGCAAAUGCGAGUAACAAUGGAACUCCAGAAGUGAUUGAUGUAUGUGCUGUAUUUGGAGGCCUAUAUGGUACACUUAAAACGAUCGAUUCUGUUGAUCCAAUUCUUGGUGCUCUCAAUAUCCCGUAAAUGUUUUUGCCUUGAAAUGUCUUGCCACCUCCAAAUGGAUAAUUUAAUGUAAAAUUAUGGACAUACGUUUCCAAUCCUAUUUGCUUCAUUUUUGCUUGCAUCCAUGGAUAUGGAAUAGCUGAUUUGUGUGUUUCUCUCUCAUGUUCCAGUUCUGUCAACAAAGUUCUUGCCAUAUUUACUGUAUUAAUUGGUGUUUGAAGUAUUGAACUUACCGGGAAGGAGAGCAUUCUCGGAGAAAUAAGUGUUUGAUUGCAAUUGUGGAAAACUUAAUGCACAAAACCAUAAAAAUCCCACCAAAUAAAGCAAGAAACAGAACCCAUUUGCAUAUUUACUAAUUAAAUUGAUGUACUUUAGCUUUUUAUCGCUAGCACUUAGCGAUGGAUCCGAUAGAAGGCCCAUUUCAGCCUCAAAUUAAUUAAAAUUGAAUUUUUUUCUGAAUAUUUUCACGGCAAAAACACUGGGUUUGUUUACAAAUUUUUGAAUAUUUUUUGACUGUUAUUUCUGAAGUGAAUUUUGUAGCGAAUGGGGAUUUUUCAAAUAUAACGUCAACUGUCUUUUGCGGAUUGGGUAUGAAAUUAAAUAAAUAGCAUGUCAAAAUAAAAGUUGAUUAUUGCCUAUUAGCAAAUAAACAAUAGAUUCUGAUACAUACCAACACAUACUUUCAACAUUCGAUCCUGUAAUUUUAUCAAAAAUUUCUGAAAAUACUGGAAGAAACUUAAUUAAUUUGCCUGAUCAGUGCAUGAAUUAGGACCAAUAAGCACCAAAGAAUAGCACAAUACAAGAUAAAGUAGAUGACAAAGUGGGGAGGGGACUCAAAACCCCAAAAAUUAGUUUGACGUCAUAAGUGAACAAAUCCUUUGUGUUUUCAUUUCAUAUCGAUACAAAAGUCGCUUAAAAGAAUUAAUUAAAUACACUAAAGAUGAGUAAAAAUCUAGACAAACUGAAGCAAUUCUUCCGGAGUAACAAGACAAACAGUGGACAAGAACGCGUGCAAGUAUUAAACAUUGAAAUUGAGCGAGAAUUGCGAAAAGAUAAUUCGCUCGAGAAAAGAUUAAAAUUAAUUAAAGAUUUGGGCGAAAUAUUGGUAUCAACCAGGAUAGAAGAGUUUGCUAUUCAGAAAAUCUGGUCACUGACGAAUGACUUAUUAGAUGCUCAGAAACCACAAGAUGUCCGCGAGGCAGCACUUUCAUUCUAUACCAAAUUAAUUCAAGGUCAAUAUCGUGAUUUGGCGAUUAUGAGAGGGAAAUUCUUUCAAGUCGUUCAAACACACAAGAUUCCUGAAGAUCUGCCAGCAUGUCUACAGAUGCUUAAAACUCUCACAGAAAAUGGACGAGAUGUUCAGAAUUUUGAGGAGGAAAUUGGAAGUUUUAUGCUGACAUGGAUGGACGAAAUAAUCGAAGCACAAUUGACUGCUGUGUAUCUAGAUCUUUUAGUGAACCUUAUCAAAUUCAAUUCAGCAUAUAUUGACCGAGAAAUUAUCAUCAAAAUUGUGCAACGAGUCUGUAAUGAUAUCUGCUUUAAAUCACUUGACGAUCGAGACACAUUUCUUCAGUGUUUAUAUUUAAUCGAGACAAUUAUUUGUUAUAGUGUAUUUCCAAAUGAAAUCUUGGCUUCAUGUAUAAUCGUUCUAUGUAGAGCUGUUAAUUUUGAGAUGUAUGUUGAGCCGUCAUAUAAAAUUAUGCGAAACUUGUUAGGAACACAAUUGGGCUAUGCUUCACUCCUCACUAUGUGUAAUAUGCUCAAAGAAAGUGCUUAUUAUGUCGAUCCUCAUGUCCUACGUGGUGCUGUUUUUCAUACAAAUAUUAAUCUUUGGGGUGGAAAUAAUAGCUCAUUGCAAAAUGGAAUCAAAUACAGCUCGGUCGUUCUAUCAAGCUAUUAUGAAGUGCUAGAAUCGGGAUCAAUGAUUGUGACUUAUGAAGUCAUACUCAGUUUACAUACAUUAAUCAUUAAAUGUGGCAAAGAUUUGAGUGAACCGUCGUGGGAUGUGAUUCUUGACACUUUGGAGAGGAUUCUCGAUAUUGUUGAACGCGAAAAAGUCCCUGACAAUUCAGACAUUUGGAUCCGUCUACACACAAUGUUUGACAAUCUAGAACUCCUAGUGCAUAAUAGGGAGAACAUUAAUGCGAAUGAUGAUAAAAUUUAUUCAGUAAUCGAGAGAAUCAGCAACAAACGUCCAGAAUCAUCCGUAAUAAAUUUAAUUAAUCAUAAAGCAUCAAAAUUAAAUUCAAUGAUGCCGAAUUGGCUGAAACAUUUGAAUAUUUUCAUGGAAAGAUUUUAUCGGAAUGAGGCAAAUCAAAAUAUUAGAUUAGCAACGAUUGAGCAUUUAAAAGAAAUAAUAGCCCUAAAUCGUACAUGCUAUGAGGAAGAGAUUCUUGAGAAAGUCGUGAUUGUCAUAUUUUCGGAUAUCGCACAAGAACAUGACGUGAAAAUUCGCGUGGCAGUCUGUAAACUUUUGCUCGAAAUUUGCUCACAUUGCGACACAAAAAGAUGCUUGGAACUACUCGAUGUAUUAGAAAAAGUCAUGAAUCAUCCAUUUGAUUUAUAUUCACUGAGUAAUACGUCAUUUAAAAAUGAACAUGAUUUUGAAGACUCAAAUGUCGUUGUCCUCGGACUGAUUGAUUUGUUUUUAGAGAAACUCCAUCAAUUGCCUACAAGUCAUCCAAUCAAGAUUUAUCACAUUUUAAUUGGACAUUUAGAGACGCAUUAUCAACAGCCAAAAGUCUUUGAGAAUGCAACUAAAAUAAGAUAUUCAAUAUUAAAUUGGAUGUUGAAGGUUCGAGCAAAUUCAACAUAUCAAAUCGGAUAUCCAUCACCAAGAUUAAUAAGUGAAAAUAUCAAAUAUAGCCACUAUUUAGCUGUUGAAGGAGAAUUUCAACAUCCACCGCUUCCACAAACACCAAAUAUUCAAGAUACAGUCGAAGAUAAGCCACCAGAAAAUUUAUUUAAUUUUAAUGCAGUCACGUCACUUUCAAUUAAGCGAGGCUGUAAAAUUAUCGUAAAAUGUCUCGACAAUGAGAAAGACUGGCAUACGAUACAAUUGGUGCUACGUGAACUUCCAAAGAUUAUGCAGAAUAAGACUUUAAUACAAGGAAAUGACGUUGACAUACUUGCACGAACGUUAUCGGAACUAUUUCGUCUAAGUUAUGGAAAGGAACAGCUAAUUGAAAGAUUUACAUUAACAAAUGAGCAAAAAGACUUUCGUGCAUUAGUCAUACCAGCUAUUGCAAGCUUAAUCACAUACAAUUCAUUUCUCACAACAAUCACAAAGAAGAAAAUUGUCGAAAUUCUUAAAUCGGAAGUGAGAAUGGAUGGAAAUUUGAGUGUUUGCAUACAAGCUUUUACAACAUUAUUAAUGGAACGUUGUGAUAUAUUUGAAAGACAGCUUGCUGACAUUGUAUUGGCCAUUUCUAAAGUCUCCGAUACAGUUCAUGUUGCACUUCCAAUUUUGGAAUUUAUGUCCACAAUCGCACAUUUACCAUAUUCAUUUACUAAUCUCAAUCAGAAGCAAUUUUCAUAUGUAUUUGCGACUUGUUUGCCUUACACAAGUCCAGCACGUUAUGAUCAUUAUAUUGUGUCACUUGCUCAUCACAUCAUCUCCAGUUGGUUCCUUAAAUCACGUCUACAAUGGCGCAAACAAUAUGCUGAUUAUAUAAUUGAAGGAAUUGCUAAGAAUAUUGACAAAUCUAUGCAGGAUGCUAAGCAGCUACAACGACACAUUCAAGAAGAUGCUAAUAAAGGCGUUAUACAAUUAGUUAAUGAGGAUUCAUCACUCAGAAAAAGAAGCUCAAGUUUAACGGAACAAUCUAAUCGACGUAAAGAACUUAAUAAUCCACAAAUCAUGAAAAUGAAGGCACAACGUGCUGCACUUCAAAACUUAUCAACAACAUUUGACAUGCAUAGCUUUCAUAUUGAGUUGAUUGAGACUUGUAUAGACUUUAUGACUCGUCAUACAUAUUCAUUAUCAUUGGCACUGCCAAGAUUACCGAAUAGUGACUAUUUAUUGCGAGGUGGUGGACAGUCGAAAACUUGGAUUGUUGGACAUGUCGUUGUUACUAUAACUACGAAUGCAUGUAUGGAUAAUCACGAUUGGGCAAGCUGUUCAUGCUAUUGUUCUGAUUGGGCUGAAAUAUCAAUUCGACGUCCAACUGGCAUGCUAUCAUGGAUGAUGAAGUUUCAGAAUCAAGUCGGUCAAUUUGCAAAUGAAUUUUCGUUCCAUGAUUUAAAAGGAUUAUUAUCAGAAUAUGAACUCGAUGCUGAGAAUCCAAACGGUGUACUAGUAAGGAAAAAGAAGGAGGAAGAAUCAAAAUCGGACGAACAUUUAGCAUUAAUGAAGAAAUUAUCUAUAAACGAGGAAAUGUAUAAGAUUCCACUUCAAUCUACAGCGAGUGAUUCAGCAGUCUUCAGUUAUGUUUCACAACCAAUUAAUAUCCCAGCAACUAAAUCAGAACCUGAACCUGGUGUUGUUUUAGAUGAUAUUUCAUACGAUGACGAUGAUUCUGACGAUCCAAAAAGAAAUCCAGUAAGACGAGUAAAUUCAUCGCCAGAAAUGAGAUCAAACUGGAAAGUAAAUAUGGCUAAACAGGCACAAAGAAGUGAAAAAGAAAGCAAGUCGGGAUCAAGUUCAACUGUGACUGAUGAACAGGAUGAGAAAAAUACAACAGAAGUCAGUGAAAUUCAACAGAAAAAGAAAUCAAGCUAUUCGAAAGAAACUAAAGUUAGUUGUGAGGCAAUUCCUGAAGAAAUCAGCACUUCUGGACAUAAGGAAGAGACAUUAAGUAGUCACAGACCUGUUCAAUUAUUGUCAUCAAUAUCAGCACAGGAAACGCCAAAUGUCACGAAUAUUCCAAAGAAACAGCACUCAGCAGAUGACACAAUUCAAUUAAGAAGAUCAGACACAAUGUCAACUGGAUCUAUUAUUCCUAUACAUACAACUUUAAAGAAUCCAGAAUGGACAUCAGCAUCAUCCAGUAAUUUACCAUUAUCACCCAGAUAUAAAGUAACAAUAAGUCGUCAAGUAAGUCAUCAAGUUCCACUUGAAAGUGACGGUGGAAAUGCUUAUCGUGCAAGAUCAAAAACUAUUUCAGUUAUUGGAAGAAACAAAGAAGUUUUUGAGAAUCAAUCUAAGAAUUCAGACUUUUCAGUCUCAACAUCAUCAAUUGAACAAUCACAGCCAGUAGCUACAUCUGGAAUUUGUCCAAGUUUCAUUUUUGUUCAAUUAUUUAAUACUGGUAAAAUGGAUAUAGGAGCUGAUAAGCCAUUACUAGUUGGUGAAAAGCAUAUGGGAACGCUGAAUCUUUUGGAUUUAAUUCCACCUUAUGAAAUACACAAAAUUGGAGUCGUUUAUGUUAAACCUGGACAAGCUAAUAACGAGUCAGAAAUAUUGAGAAAUGUUAAUGGAAGUGUUAGAUAUAUGCAGUUCUUACAAAAUCUUGGAACUCUUAUAGCAAUUAAGGAUGCAAAAGAGAAGAAACUUUUUGUCAAUAUGGAGGCUAAACGAGAAGGAAAUUUCACUUAUGUAUGGCAUGACGACAUCAUUCAAAUGACUUUCCAUGUUGCUACUUUGAUGCCAACCCUCGAAUCAGAUCCUAAUUGUAAUGAAAAGAAGAAAUACAUCGGAAAUGAUUUUGCAACAAUUGUCUACAAUGAAAGCGGCGAAGACUACAAUCUUAAUACAAUUAAGGGUCAAUUCAAUUAUGCAUGUAUUAUUGUACAACCUCUGGAAAUGGGAUCAAAUUUAAUAUCAAUUAGAGCAAAAGGAGACAUCGAAGACUAUUUUAGACAUCAGGAACCGAAGAUUAUAUCUGAUCGUGGUGCUCCACUGCUUGCGAGACAGCUUGCGCUUCAUGCUAAUAUGGCUUCGCUAGUAUCCACAUCGUUGAAGAAUCCAAAAAUCAGCCCAUAUGCCAAUAAUUGGCUAGAAAGAUUGCGUAAAAUAAAAUUGUUAAAGAACCGAAUUUUAAAAGAAACCGACCAAGCAGUUCCAACAUCAUCAGCGUCCACAACUUCCACAACAUCAUUUCUGAAGGAUGUAUUCACAAAAUACACAUAAAAGAGUUUUUAAAUCGUCAAAUUCUUUUAUUAUUAUAAUGUUUGUAUGCGCAUAUGUCUCCCUUUUUAUUAAAAUUAAUUUAUUUAUGAUUGCAACAAUGCUAUUACUAUUGGAAGUAGAAGGAAAUCGUGUAAAUUAUAUGGAACUAACCGUACAAGAUUGGAGAGAAGAAAAGAUAUUUUAUAAACAUUAAAAAAGGUAUUUUUAAGGCGCAUAAAAAUUCAUAAUAUAAUUAAUUUUCAUUUUUCAGUAAAAGGCUAGUAUCUAGCAAUUGACCUGCAAGACGAAGAGCUCUUGGAUCGCUAAAGUUCUUAUUUGACGAUGCAACUUCGAAAAUCUUGUAAGCAAGUCUGUAUAAAUGAUCAAUACUUGAUGAUCGAACAUGAUCAAGCAAUGCGUCGUCUUUUCGUGCUUGAAUAGUCUCUAAAUAAUUUGUGAGCAAUGAUCCACCAGAAGCCACUUGUUUCCAUCCACCACGAUUGUUUGACAGAUAUAAAUUAAGUCUUUUUGCAGCUAUGUCUAGAAGUUGUUUGAUAAUUCUUUCACGUUCUGAUACUUUUUCGAAUAGAUCAGCAGCUAGUUCAUCGUAG